AUGCGCCGCUCCCCGUUCCUCGCCCCCUUGGCCCUGGCCGGCGCCGUCGGAAGCGCUUCCGCCGCCUCCCUUCCUUCGCCCUCGUGCAAGUAUCUCCCCGGCGACCCGGGUUGGCCCUCCGCGGACGCGUGGGCGCAGCUAAACCGGACCGUCGACGGCCGUCUGGUAGCCACGGUGCCGUUGGGGAGCGCGUGUCACGGGGACGGCUACAACGCGACCGAGUGCGCCCGUCUGCAGGAUGCUUGGCUCUACUCGGAGGUCCAUAUGGAGUCAUCCUCCUCCGUCAUGGCCCCCCUGUUCGCUAAUGCCAGCUGCGACCCUUUCACGCCCCGCGACGUCCCCUGCGCGCUGGGCAACUACGUGAGCUACGCCGUCGACGCCUCCGGGCCCGCCGACGUCCAGGCCGCUCUGCGCUUCGCCGACCAGCACAACGUCCGCCUCGUUGUCCGCAACACGGGUCACGACUACAACGGCCGCUCGACCGGCGCCGGCGCCCUCGCCGUCUGGACGCAUCACCUCAAGGGCGCCGAGAUCAUCGACUGGGACGACGGCAGCUACUACGUCGGCAAGGCCCUCCGUGCCGGCGCCGGCGUCCAGGGGUUCGAGGCCAUCGCCGCCGCCGACGCCGCCGGGUUGGCCGUCGUCACGGGCGAAUGUCCCACCGUUGGUAUUGCUGGGGGGUAUGUUCAGGGAGGCGGUCACUCCGCGCUGAGCACCGUCUACGGCCUGGCCGCCGACAACACCCUCUCCUUCGAGGUCGUCACGCCGACCGGGGACCUCGUCACGGCCUCACGGACGCAGAACGAGGACCUCUACUGGGCCCUGAGCGGCGGCGGCGGCGGUAACUACGGCGUCGUCACCUCCAUCACCACCAAGGCGCACCCGGACGCCCCCGUCAGCGGCGCAACCUUCGCCGUCACCAUCCCCGAGGGGGACAACAACGAGACCCUCUACCGCGUCAUCGACGCCUUCCACGCCGCUCUCCCGGACAUCGUCGACGCCGGCGUCAUGAUCAUCUACUUCUUCGGCCCGGGCUUCCUGCAGUCCCCGGCACUGACGGCCUACAACAAGACCCGCGCCGACGUCGAGCGCAUCCUCGCGCCCCUCGUCGGCUCCCUCGCUCAGCUCAACGUCACGCUCGAGCCGACCUACACCUCCUUCGACACAUACCGUGGCCACUACAACCAUUACUGGGGCCCCUUGCCCUCGGGCAACAUCCAGGUCGGCACGCAGCUCUUCGGCGGCCGCCUCCUGCCGCGCGCCGUCCUCCCGUCCUUCGGCCCGACGGCGCGGCGCCUUGUCGAGCUCGGCGUCACUUACAUCGGCGUCGGCCUCGACGUAUCGCGCUUCGGCCGAGACGGCGCCAACGCCGUGCUGCCGCAGUGGCGCGACUCCAUCGUCCAGGUCUCCCUGACGCUGCCCUGGAGCUUUGAGGCGCCCUUCGCCGACAUGCUGGCCGAGCAGGACCGCAUGACCGAGGUCGUGCAGCCCGUCAUCGAAGCCGCGACCCCGGGCGCCGGCGCGUACAUCAACGAGGCCGACUUCCAGCAGAAGGACUGGCAGGAGACCUUCUUCGGGGCCAACUACCCGAGGCUGCUGCGCGUCAAGAACAAGUACGAUCCCGCCGGCCUGCUGUACAAUGUCGCGGCCGUCGGCAGCGACGCUUGGAACGUCGACUACCACGGCCGCAUGUGCCGGAGAAGCUGA